AUGUAUUACGAACUGCGAGAGCAUUGCAAAAUUAUUCCAUGGGAUUUUUUUGCGUCGGACGUUCAUUAUUGCAGCGGCGCUCUUUUCUGCCCAAGACACAACGUUGAAAUGCACUACCGACGAGCUCUCUCUGACGUCGUACAGCAGAUCAUCGAUCUUGUGAACAAGAACAGUCGUCAAAAGGGCAGAGCGCUGGAGUUCCGCGAGAUCCUGUAUGGCUAUCAUCGAGUGGACCCUCUGCACGGAGCCGAGUACGUGCUGGAUUUGCUGCUGUUGUACAAACGGUUCAAGGGACGACACUUGUCAGUACACGUCCGCAGACAUGCCUAUAUUCGCCAGAGUUUCGCCGCGGCAGAAAUCGUUGAGGUCGUCAGUGCACGCAUGCCCUUACACUUCAGUCCGAAUGUCAGGUUGCCUGCUGAACGGCUUAUAAACGUGAUAAUCCCUCUGCGGGGACGGCUAGAAGCGUUGAAAAGGUUUCUGGACAAUUUUGAAAAGACGUGCCUUCAGCGCGGUGAAGCCGUACGCCUUACCAUCGUGCAGUUUCCGUCUCAACCGGUUGUGGAUAACAGUAUUAAAUCGCUGGUCGAGUCCCUGAAGGUCAAGUAUCGACAGCGACAUGUAAUUCAACUGAUUUUGCUCAAGGCGCAAAACUUUAGCCGCGCCUUUGGCCUUCAUCAAGGAUCUAAGCUAUGUUCGCAGGACUCAUUGAUGUUCUUCACCGAUAUUGACGUCAUUUUUACUCACGAGCUGCUCUACAGAAUACGGAUGAACACGAUUAAGGGGAAGCAGGUGUUUUAUCCAUCAGUAUUCAGCGAAUACGAAUCUGUUAAAAGCAAAGCCUCCUCUUCCGGUGUUCAGCACGAAAACGCAGGCGGUAUCGGUCGCGCUCCUGAGGAAGGGUACUUCCGGCAUUUUGGAUUUGGAUUGGUCAGUUUAUACAGGCAAGAUUACGAAGGCGUCGGUGGCUUCAAUUUAAGUAUUAAAGGCUGGGGCAUGGAAGACGUCGACCUUUUCGUUAAAUUUAUGCGAAAUCUGACUUACACGGUAUUCAGGGCACCUGAGCCCGAUUUGGUACAUAUUUACCAUGCAGCUGAGUGCUUGAAACAGCGGCUUGCGGCUAACCAGAAACUUAUGUGUAUUGGUUCGCUGUCAGCUACUUAUCUCAGCGUUUACGAGCUGACUGAGCUUAUUCGUCAACAUAAACCAUUCAACGAAGAAUCUGCUCUACGGGAAUAG